UGCUGCUGCUGCUGCUGCUGCUGCGGGGCGGGCGGGGGCUUCUGGGUCGCGCCGCGCUGGCCUGCCGUGGUCCGCCGGGCCGCCAUGAGUUCGCUGCUGUGCUGCGGGCCGAAGAUGGCCGCCUGCGGGAUUGUGCUCAGCGUCUGGGGGGUCAUCAUGCUGGUGCUCUUGGGCCUCUUUUUCAACGUCCACUCCGCUGUCCUGAUCGAAGAUAUCCCUGCCACCGAGGACGAUUUCAAAUCUGGGAUGACUAAGAUCCACACGCUCUAUGACCAAGUUAGCUACAACUGCUUCAUCGCUGCCGGCCUCUAUUUCGUCCUGGGGGGCUUCUGCUUUUGCCAAGUGCGCCUCAACAAGCGGAAGGAAUACAUGGUCCGCUAACAGCCCCCCUUCUCUGCCGGAGCACCCUUGCCCCCUCCCCCGUCGGUUCCCUCUGUGCGGGAGGGUCCUCAGUCUCACUGGGGUACUGGGGGAGAAGGAGGGGGGCCUUCCUUGCGUUUCUGUGUGUGGAACCCCUUUCUCCCCCCUUGGGCAGGAUGAUGACCUCUGGCCACCUCCGCUUCAGCUCUUCCCUUCACUCCCGUUAUUGGAAGCCGAGGCCGGCCCGGCCGGUGCUGCCUUUCCUCAUUUGCCCUUUGGCUGACCAAAAUGGAACAUCCAUGUUAUGUAAAUAGCAGAGGCCUCCCCCCACACUAUAUUUGGCACCUCCCUGGCCCCAAGGCUGGGCUUGAUUUGUCUGGUGUGCCAGCAGCCAGUCCUCUCCAGUUUGAUCUGUGUUUCGGCUCCCUGUUCUCUCUUUGUCGUAAUGCUCCUUUGCUGUAAUGCUCCUUUGCCGGAGGUCCCUGCCCAGUGGCUGGAAGGAACUGGUGUGUGGAGGGAGGGGGACUGUGAACUCUCUCCUCCCCCUCCUCCUUGCUCCUGGGGGGCUGGGGCAGGCUUCCUGGGGGGCUGGGGCAGGGCAGGGGAGGGGAGGGUUAGGCCAGCCCCUGCAGUGUGUGGUGAGGGCAGGCCCUACUCCUGUGUACCCACCCAGCGUCUGUGCCAGUCUCUUCCUGCCCUAGACGUGUGUGCAAUAAACAUUAUUUGAUCUG